AAAUAUCCAGUUCACAAAUUAGAUGACAACCAAACAUACAGUUUACUAAUCGAUUACCAAUUCUUAACUGUGUACGAUUUCAAUAAUUUGAUUAUUUUUUCAAUAUUUAAAUGACUAGAUAGAUAGUGCUUCAAUUUGUGGGCCUAGGCCCAAAAUCAAUAAAAUUCAGCGUUUUUUUAGUGAUUAUAUUUUGGGGGUUUAGGGUUUAUGUGAGUUCUGUGUUCAGGUUUUAGAGAUUAUAAUUUGGCGUUUUAAGGUUUAUUACUUCCUCUGUAAAUCACAAUAUUCAGUUGUAGGCUGUACCGUAUCUUUUGUAUUCUAUCUUUUUUUAUUGAUAAAUGGAGAUUGAUUUGGAAAAGCUUCCAUUUGAUCUCGAUUUUCAUCCAUCAACUAAUCUCGUUGCCGCCGGUCUCAUCACCGGCCACCUCCUACUGUACCGUUAUGAGGCAGAAGCUACGCCUCAAAGGCUCCUGGAAGUGAAUGCUCAUACCGAAUCAUGUAGAGCUCUCCGUUUCGUCAACGAAGGGCGUGCUAUAGUCACCGGCUCUCCAGAUUUUUCCAUUCUUGCAACAGAUGUCGAAACUGGUGCGCCGAUUUCACGCCUUGAUAAUUCUCAUGAGUCUGCUGUAAAUCGAAUAGUUAACUUGACCGAAUCUACCAUUGCUUCCGGUGAUGAUGAAGGUUGUAUCAAGGUAUGGGAUACCAGGCAACGUACUUGCUGCAACACUUUACAUGUUCAUGAAGAAUAUAUUUCAGAUAUGACAUUUGCAUCGGACUCCAUGAAGUUGAUUGGGACAAGUGGGGAUGGCACUUUAUCUGUUUGCAAUUUAAGGAGCAAUAAGGUUCAAACUCGAUCCGAGUUCUCUGAAGACGAGCUGCUUUCUGUUGUGAUUAUGAAGAACGGUAGAAAGGUUGUAUGUGGAACACAAAGUGGAACAUUGUUGUUGUACUCAUGGGGAUUUUUCAAGGAUUGCAGCGAUCGUUUUGUUGAUCUCUCUCCCAACUCUGUUGAUGCCAUGCUAAAGCUUGAUGAAGAGAGAUUGAUAACUGGUUCAGAGAAUGGAAUAAUCAGCCUGGUGGGUAUACUGCCCAAUAGAAUAAUUCAGCCAAUUGCUGAGCAUUCCGAAUACCCUGUGGAACGUCUUGCUUUUUCUCAUGAUAAAAAGUUUCUUGGUAGCAUAUCCCAUGAUCAAACACUAAAGCUUUGGGAUCUGGAUGAAUUGCUGCAAGGAUCUGAAACUAUCAUGGCAAAUCGUUCUGCUGCUUCAGAUAGUGAUAGCGAUGGGAUGGACGUUGAUGCAAGUAUCCCAAAACCUUCUAAAGGGACCAAGAGGAAAAAUAUAGGCAAGGGAAGCAAACUUGACAAUUCAACCAAUUUCUUUGCAGAAAUGUAGAAUUGUGGAUUUUGUGACAAUCUAUUUCGAGAGUUUUUUAGUUUCAUUUUCUUUUAUGGAUCUAUUUUAGAGGGUAUGUAUGUUGAGGUUUGAGAUGGCGCUCGGGAUAUGAUUUUAAGUUUUGCACCUAUAAAAAAAUACCUUAUUUACGAUGUA